GCCUGAACAGAAGGCAGAAGGAGCAGACCACAGCAGGCCUAAACGCGUAGUAAACGAAAGCUGAACUGUUGCUUUAUUCUUUUGACGAAUUAAAUACUUUAUUUGAGUUUCAACGUAUUGGAUAUAUUAUAUGACGGUUGAGUAUGUUAACUAGAUAAGUCGGGGGCAGUGAACUAGCUCGGUUAGCUAGGUUAGCUGGCUAAACAUUUGAGUUUAGUUUUGUUGUUGUUUGAGUAAUAGUGUCCAACUCAGUUAUGUAGCGUUAAGCCUUUAAAGUUAGUGAUUAUUUAGCUCUGUGGUUUUUAGAGCAGAAUAAAAUCGCAGCUAAAAGCGGCUUUAAACUGUAUUAAAGCUCUAGAUAGCUAAAGUAAAGAUGCCGGAGCUGGAAGACAGCCCCAAAAGGCGGCGGCGCAGUCGUUCUCUCAGCCCGGCCAGCGACGCGAGUCCAGCGGCCAAGAGCUCCAGACACGACGGGCCCGAGGAGCGGCCAGCCCGGUGGACGGAGAGCAAAGAGAGGAGCAGGAACCGCUUCAGGAUGGCGAACUCCCGCAGCAGGUCCAGAUCCAGGUCUAGAUCCAGGUCCAGGGAGCGGGAGAAGAUGUCCUGGGAUCGGGGAUACGGAGGGUCUCGGUCGGAUUACUAUGAUAAGAGAGAUGAUGCCCAACGCCAGAGACAGGAGGCUUUUAUCGCCAGGCGUUUGCAAGAAAGGGAGAGGAUUGGUGAACUGGGAUGUCCUGAGGUCUGGGGUUAUUCACCAAGAGUCAGAGAACCAGACUCAGAUGAACACACCCCUGUUGAAGAGGACGUGAAGAACGGCAGCUCUGAUUCAAGUGCAGAAGAGGAAAGAAAAAAGAAGAAGAAAAAGAAAAAGAAGUCAAAGAAGAAGAAGGCACGGAAGCACUCGGAGGAAAGCGAGACAGAAAGUGAAUCAGAAGCAGAAGAGGUGAAGAAGAAGAAAAAGAAGAAGAAAAGCAAGAAGAAGAAAUCGAAGAAGAAGAAGGCUAAGAAGAGCCGCAAGGAGUCCAGCAGUUCCAGCAGUGAUCAGUCUGAAGAGGAGGAUGAGGAUAUAGAUGGGGAGCUGUGGGUGGAGAAAACUGGUCUGGAGGAACAUGUUGUUGGACCUGAAGCUCCAUUAACUCACAUGUCGCAGGACGAUAGACCAUUAGAUUUUGGUCAUGCUCUGCUCCCUGGUGAAGGUGCUGCCAUGGCGGAGUAUGUGAAAGCAGGGAAGCGUAUUCCGAGAAGAGGUGAAAUCGGCCUGACCAGUGAUGAGAUUGCAGACUUUGAGAAGUCUGGCUAUGUGAUGAGCGGAAGCAGACAUCGGCGUAUGGAGGCUGUGCGUCUGAGAAAGGAAAACCAGAUUUACAGCGCAGACGAGAAGAGGGCCCUGGCAUCCUUCAACCAGGAGGAACGAAGGAAGAGAGAGAGUAAAAUCCUGUCCAGCUUCAGAGAAAUGGUCUACAGGAAGACUAAAGGCAAAGAAGAGAAAUAGGGCUGUCUGUCUAUCUGUCAGCCGUCUUCACUUUCUAUGUACAGUGGUAUAAUUUAGUAAUUCUAUAAUGUUGUGGAAAUACUGAAAUCUGCAUCGAAUGCAAGAUUGUUUCGUUUUUUUGUUCGCUUUUGCUAAAUCCUUUCAGUAUAAAGCAGAGUUGAUUUAAUAUCAGUACUUUUACUUAUUUUACUGUUUUACUCUUUAAUAAAGUGUGAGUGGUCAUCUUACAGAUGAUUGAAGUGAUGAUGCACUUUUACAUCUCUUUAACCCUUGUCCAGUCUGCAACAAAUGUCAAUAAAACCUUUUGAAUAAUUAAAUAAAUCUACUGUUAACUGGAAAACACAA